UGUGAUAGCUGAGGAAGGAUGCAGGCUUCAGGUGAUCCAAGUUUCAGUCUUGGCUCUCCUCCCUUAGCCUCAGUUUCCUCAUUUGUAAAAAAGGAGGAAGGCAGCCCAGCAGAAGGGCUGGGGGAGGGAGAGAUUCAUUCAAAGCAGGGAGCAGUUAGUUACUAAGAGAAAUCAGUAAAAAGCUGGACCACAUUCUGGGCCCUGGCCAGGAGAGAGCUGUAGCCAGGCCCUGAAACAAAGAUCUUCUAAGGGAGGCAGGCCCAGCCCCCUCUCCCAAGCGCCCCCUGCAAGGAGAGAUCAUUGCAUCUCUCCCUGAUUCCUGCAAGCCCUCCUGGCCACAAAUCUCGGCCCUCUAGAUAACCUGAAGUCUGGUGGGACACACACGUGGCCUUGCGCCGGGAUCAAUGUUCCAUUUACCAGAAACCUCCAACUCUGAGAGAUUAGUUUAAGCAAGAGGUGCAGGAAGGUGAAGUGGGGGAAGGGCAGGGAAUUUUGGACCCCGGACUGUGGCUGUUCCCUCCCUCUCUGCUUCCCAUCCUUCCUUUAACUCCUCCCCAUCACUGGCCCUCUGGAAAGAUAGUUGGGAGCUGGGGUCAGAGCUCUGAACCGGAACAGCAUGGACCUAGCCUGGAAAUCUUGCCCUAGCCGGCUCCUAGCUGGAUGAUUUAGGGCAAAAUCCUUUCAGUCCUCUGCCUCGGUUUUCUCCCUGGUCCAAAGGAGGUGGUGGUGGAGGAUUAUCCUUCAGGCGCCCCUGACAAUCCCCUGAUAGAUCCCUGACAUCCUCCAGUCCCUCCCCAUUUGUCCCUGGGCCAGUUCGCUUCUAGCUCCAGUGGGCCCCAGCUGCCUUUAAGCCAGUGCUCAGCUCUCCCCACGCGGGCCGGCCUUCCUCUUCGCUUCAAUAAAGUUAGCCCAUUCAAAAAGGGAAGCCCCAGUUUGGGCCACUAGCCCAGCCUCCCUCUCUCCCGCUGUCUGCCCAGUUCUUGGGCCCCUCCUUCCUGCGCUCCGGCCCAGCCCAUCGGCGUCCGCGUCGUAGAGGAAGGGGCGGAGAAGUCACCAGCCUGGGCCGGCCCUUGCAGUGUUGAGAGGGUCCCAGGAGUCAAGUCAGAUAGAAGCUGGCCAAAAGCCAGGCAUCAUGGCAGCAGGAUCCCUCUUCAGAGCUCUGGUAUCUGCCAAAUGGGUUGCUGAGGCCUUGAAGACAUCCCAGCCCCUGCAGCUGCUGGAUGCCUCAUGGUACCUGCCCAAGAUGAAACGAGACCCUCGACAGGAGUUUGAAGAACGCCAUAUCCCCGGAGCAGCCUUCUUCGACAUUGACCUCUGCAGUGACCGGACAUCCCCCUAUGACCAUAUGCUGCCCAAAGCUGAAGACUUUGCUGAGUAUGUUGGCAAGCUGGGGGUGAGUAACAGCACCCACGUGGUGGUGUAUGAUGCCAGUGACCAGGGCCUCUUCUCCGCUCCCCGAGUGUGGUGGAUGUUCAGGGUCUUUGGGCACAAGACUGUCUCACUGCUGAAUGGAGGGUUAAGGAACUGGCAGCGGGAGGGGCACCCUCUGGGCUCUGGCAGGGCCCGCCCUGUUCGAGCUGAGUUCCAGGCCACUCUCAACCCAAUGUUUGUGAAGACCUAUGAAGACAUCAAGGAGAACAUCGACUCACGACAGUUCCAGGUUGUAGAUGCCCGUGCUGCAGGGCGCUUCAAGGGCAUUGAACCAGAACCCCGGGAAGGCAUCGAACCAGGGCAUAUCCCUGGGACAGUGAACAUCCCCUUCACCGACUUCAUGACUGAGGAGGGCCUAGAGAAGAGCCCUGAUGACAUCCAAAGACUAUUCAAGGAGAAGAAGAUGGAUCUUUCGAAGCCCCUGGUGGCCACUUGUGGCUCAGGAGUCACUGCCUGCCAUGUAGCCCUGGGUGCUUAUCUCUGUGGCAAGCCUGAUGUGUCCAUCUACGAUGGAGCCUGGGUGGAGUGGUACAUGCGAGCCCGGCCUGAGGAUGUCAUCUCAGAGGGCAGAGGCAAGACCCUCUGAGUGAAGAGCACACAGGGGUCUCCCCUGCUCCUAAGCCACCAGGCCUUACCACCCCAGGAUGGGGGCAGCCCAACCUAGCAAUUUUUCCUCUUUUUUAACUACUAAUGGCCAAAUUUAAUUUUUUAUUCUCAAGGGAUAGCCUGGGUGGCACACCCCCUUGUUCUCCCUCUGGGAGGCUUUUGGUACAUCCUAAUUCUGAGACAAAAGGGAAGGGCACAGAAAACAUCUUUGGUAGUGGUGAAGGGAUCUGUCGGGGUCAAUCGAAGUGGGGAAUGGGAAAAGGGGGACUUGCCUAGCUUGGAAUAUGACCCUCUGAAAUUUAGCCUGGGCUAAUUAUCAGACCUACCUCCUCCUAUCUUUUACUGCCAAUAAAGAUGAAGUGGUUAAUCUUUGUAUACAGCCA